UCCAAUGCAAAGGUCCGGUUGAGCAGGCACCGAGACCCUCCCAUCGCUUCGAGCCGGGCGCGGCUUUUCGUGGGAAGGGGAGCCCGAGCUUUGCAGAGGCUGGUUUUCCUAUGACCAUUUUAACAUCUCCGGAAGGCGAGCCUGGAUUCGCCCCUGGAUUUUGAUCCGUGUCGCCACAUUAUAACGUAGUUGGAACAUGAACGACUGGAUGCCCAUCGCCAAGGAGUACGACCCGCUUAAAGCUGGCAGCAUCGAUGGCACCGAUGAGGACCCCCACGAUCGCGCAGUCUGGAGGGCAAUGUUGGCCCGAUACGCCCCCAACAAAGGCGUCACGGGAGACCCCCUGCUCACCCUGUUUGUGGCAAGGCUGAACUUGCAGACCAAAGAGGAGAAGUUAAAGGAAGUAUUUUCCCGCUACGGAGACAUCCGGCGGCUCCGGCUGGUGAGGGACUUGGUGACGGGCUUUUCAAAGGGCUACGCCUUCAUCGAGUACAAAGAGGAGCGUUCUCUGCUCAAAGCUUACCGAGACGCAGACGGCCUGGUCAUCGACCAGCACGAGAUAUUUGUGGACUACGAACUGGAAAGGACUCUGAAAGGCUGGAUUCCUCGGCGCCUCGGAGGAGGUCUGGGGGGGAAGAAGGAAUCCGGGCAGCUGAGGUUUGGGGGGCGGGAUCGGCCUUUUCGAAAACCCAUUAAUCUGCCGGUGGUUAAAACCGACCAGUAUAGAGAGGGAAAAAGGGACAAGAGAGAGCGAUCGCGAUCCCGAGAGAGACACUGGGAGUCGAGGCCCAGGGAUCGGGAUCAUGACCGGGGCCGGGAGAAGAGGUGGCAGGAAAGAGAGCCACCCAGGGUGUGGCCCGAAAGCGACUGGGAGAGAGAGAGGGAUUUCCGAGAUGACCGGGUCAAGGGCAGGGAGAAGAGGGACAGAAGUAAGUAGAGGUCACCGCCACCACCAGGACCAGGCGCGGACACAGCGUAAGUAGGAGCAGAGAGAUCUGUGUCGCUUCUGUACAAAGGAUCGGUCCGACGCCGAAUAAAGCACACUGAUGGUAAUGGGGUGCAGGGUAAUUUUUUUCAACCUGGACCUCAGGUUUCAAGCUGAACACCGAUACUCCGAGUUUCUCUUCUUCACCUUAUAGUUCUAAAGACAUGUGAUUCAAUAAGCUUGAGAAACGAUUCUUUACUUGCUGGGCUCUGUACGAAGGGCUCCUAUCAGGAGCCUUUAAAGUAAAUUAAAUUCUCAUUUAAUUCGGCAGCAGAGAACUCGUUUUGAGAAUUCGAUUUUCUCCCAUCUAUUGGAAAUGGCCAUUUUGAGGGCUAAGCGAAAAGAGCUGAUGGCUGACAAUCAUUUGCUUCGAUCUCUGACUCCUGGGAACCCAAAUAUGGUCCGAAUAGGUCGUCUCUGUUCCAUCUCAAUGUCCACAGUGCAGGAGUUUGACGGAAAAGUGAAUCCAAGGACGUCCCGAGACCUGACACCAGAGCCAGCCCGAGCAGCGCUCCGGGUCAGCAACCAGCCACGCCUGAACAGACGUUACCCCAUUCUUGAGCCAGAUGCCGACUGCCUUUUCUUCUGUCUUUUUUUUUUUGGUUGGGAGGCUGGCAUUUACAGUGAGAAACCAGCAUUGCGGGGCUGUGACGCUAGGGUCCCCGGCAGCCCUUUGGAAAGAUCAAGCUCGAAGAGUGAAACGAAAAUGACAAAUCAACGCAAGGUUUGUACCUAGUUCUGAUGGAGCGAUUGGUCUUUUCCCUCUUGACCAUCCAGCCUCUGGUGCGUUUGGGAGCUGGACAUGUGGACCUUAGCUGCUGCUGAGGGCUUUGAGUAAGUACCAUACCGUUCACGUGGUAUUCAAAAAAGUGACAUUUAGCAUUUUUGUUUCAUCGAUGGCUGUACCUUUGAAAGUUCGGGUGCUUCAAAUUCAAGAUGUUUCAUGCAAAAUAAAUGUCUGAUUUAAUAUCAA